AUGAAAAUUUCUGAUUUUCGAGAUGAAAAUGGACAGGAUGAUAAUGUUGAUUUUGAUGUUAUAAUUGUUGGUGCUGGAUUAACAGGUCUAACUGCCGCUUAUAAUCUUCUUAAAAAAGAAGUUGGGUUAGAUGUUCUUAUUCUCGAAGCAACUGAGAAAAUUGGUGGAAGGAUAUUUAUAACUGAAGAAAGCAAAAGUUUUCAUGCACAUCCAUUACAAAAAAAUCUCAUGGAAAUGUUAGAUGAAUUAAAUAUUAGUACCGUUUCCCAAAGACAAAUUCCUACUGCUAACGAGAGAAUAUUUUUAACAAAAUCAGGUCCACGUCAAAAAUUACCAGUUUACAUUUUAGCUCAAGUUUACAAUUUUCUUGCAACGAUUCAAAGUAUUAGUUUGGACUUUCAACAAAAUAUGAACGUAGAUGAAGCUAAUAUUUUGUCACAAAUAAAUUUGGAUCAAUUAACAGAUAGUUUUCUUUCUUGGGGAACGGCAAAGUCAAUUACUCAAAGUUUGCUAAUAACUUCGUGCGGUAAGUAUAAGUAAAUAUACUUUUAUAUAUAAUUUCUUCUAUAUACACUAUACCGUUGGAAAUUAUCGGUAUGGCUCCACGCUCA